GAGCCAAUAAUAUUUUUUUUCUGAGCUAUAAAUAAAAUAUACCAAUUAAAUAAUUAAUAUUCUCAUAUUUUUAUAUUAUCAUGUUAUUUUAGUGUAUAUAAUAAGUAGCAUACGUUUUGGGAUAAAUUAAUAUCUAUGACAUUUAAGCUACAUCCGCACGAGCCGUGACUCGUCAUCAUGAUUCUUAACUUGUCUCAAAAGGCUACAUGAGAGGACUCUCUUUUCAUUAUUUUCCUGCUUUAGCAAGGUAACUGAAUAAUUGAAAUCCGUGGUAUAUUUUAAUAAAUCCCACAAAUAAAAAUGUGGUGGACUGAGUCCUGGACUGAGAAUGGACAGGUGAUUUUCACAUGAAGCGUAUAUAUCCCCCUUAUUUCUCAAAACAGCUUAUACUACUGUUUCAGCUAUUAAAAUGGUUCAGUUUUGUAUGUAAUGGCAAAGUUAUUGUAUUUUGUUUUGUUUUUUAUUACGUUCGUUUGGAGAAUUUUGUUCAUUAAAUAUACGUUUUAGUUUUUCAAAGUAAUGACCAGGCAGCCAGCAACGAGUAAGCCUAUGUUUGAUCAAUUUAACCUUCUCAAAUCAUCAUGACUUGCCUAAAAUAGAAUCUAUAGGUAUAAAAAGUUCAAGCAUAUAACAAUGUUGAAACGUUAAACAUAGACAAAUGUGCACUAUAUCUAAAAGUUUGUGCGGAGAUGCUUUGCGGGUCAAAGAGGUACUAGCAUGAUCACUUGCAUUUUUUUCAGUGAAUAUGCCCUAAUUUUUCCUUAUAAAGGUAAGACUCGCAAAAUACAUAAUUCGUAACUAUGAAGAUUCUUCUUUUUUUUGUUCACUCGCAAUAUCAACAAAACAUUGUGCUUUUAUAUAAAAAAAACAGGACUGCUUCACAGAAAUGAACUGAAACUCAGUGAGAAAUAGAGAGCUUUAAAUUACUACUUAACGAAAUAAUACAAAUCAAAAACAAAAACUCUUUCAUUAUAAUCCUAAAUGUAAUCAUAAUCGGAAAGUUGCACUUCUCUCUGUUUAAUAAGGAGAUGCCAGUUGGAAAUGGCAACUUUAUCCUUGCCACACAGUCUCAAAAGACACUUUAUUAGUAAAUAAAUAAAAAUAAAAUAAAAAAUAAAAAAAAAUCUCCUUACUGUUUUCCACUGACACAUUUGAGUAAUUACUUUUUCUGUAUGGAGCUAAAAGAGUCUCAAUAAAGAUAAAUGCACACACUACAUUCACAUAAUGCACAUAGGAUUCAUACAUGCAAUCAUAUGAUUCAUAAAUACACACACAGGAUACACAAAUGCACACAAAGUUUACAAUUGCACACACAAAAUUUAAAAAGAACAGAAGAUUCACAAAUGCAUACAAAAUUCAGAAAUCCACACAAAGUUCAGAAAUAAACACAAUUCAGAUAUGAAAAUACAGAUGUUUACAUUACAAUUCAGCUUUAUUUUUUAUUAUUUUUUUUACAAAAUAUAAAUUUAAAAAUGUCUCAAUACAUAUAGCCCAGUGACUGCAGAAAAAAAGUUAACCAUGGUUUCAUAAAUUUGCAAUAGGCAAUUAUUUCAUUUUAUUGAAAUAAUUUAAUGAAAGUAAAAAACAUUUUACACCUUUUUGAAUAUUUAAGUAUAUCUAAAUAUUAUUUUGUUUGCAAUAUAGAAGUCACUUUAAUUAUAAUAUUCGGUCCCUACAUGAAGAGAGAGUCAGUGGUCUGCUGCCAGAGGAAAGUGAGUCUCCGACUGUGCAAAGUGAGUCGCCGGCUGCGUGAGGAAAAUGAGUCGUUCGCUGAGGAAAGUGAGUUGAUCGCUGCGUGAGGAAAGUGAAUCGUUCGCUCAACUUCGCUGCGUGAGGAAAGUGAAUCGUUCGCUGAGGAAAGUGAGUCGUUCGCUGCGUGACUCGUGAGGAAAGUGAAUCGUCGAUGAGGAAAGUGAGUCGUUUGCUGCGAGAGGAAAAUGACUAUCCGGCUGCAAAAAGUGAGUCUCCUGCUGCGCAAAGUGGGUGGUCCGCCUGCGCAAAGUGAGUCGCCGGCCGCGUGAGAGUGAAGAGGGACAGUCGGAUCAGAUCUGUAAACUAUGAGACCAACAUCACACAAACAGCCCUGCUAAAUAAAACUGAACACCUGCAGAAACCAGUAGAUGAUGAACUACAGAGAUUCAAAGACCAAUUCAAAACCAGCAUGAAGAACAAGUAUGAGAAUUUAUUUGAGGGACUGAAACUCCAGGAGAAUGAAUGCCUCCUGAACAGGAUCUACACACAGCUCUACAUCAUAGAGGGAGAAAGAGAAGGAGUGAAUGAAGAACAUGAGGUUUUACAGAUGGAGAAAACAGCCAGAACACAACACUCACAAGACACUCAAAUCUACUGCAAUGACAUCUUUAAAGCCUCAUCUGAACAAGAAUGUGAGGAGAAAGACCAAAUCAAGACUGUUCUUACUAAAGGCAUCGCUGGAAUCGGGAAAACUGUCUCUGUGCAGAAGUUCAUUCUGGACUGGGCCGAGGGAAAAGCCAAUCAGGAUGUAGAUUUCAUGUUUGUGCUUCCAUUUCGAGAGCUGAACUUGAUCCGAGAUCAUCAGUACAGUCUUCACAGACUUUUGCUGGACUUUCAUCCUGAACUUCAAGAUCUGGACUCACAGAUUUAUGAGGAGUGUAAAGUUGUGUUCAUAUUUGAUGGUCUGGAUGAAAGCAGAAUCACACUGAUGUUUUCAGAUGAUCAAAAAAUUUGUGAUGUGAAUGAGACUUCAUCAGUGUCUGUGUUGAUGGCAAACCUCAUCAAAGGAGAGUUGCUUCCCUUUGCUCUCAUCUGGAUCACCUCCAGACCAGCAGCAGCCAAUCAGAUCCCCUCCGAAUACAUCCACCGUCUGACAGAAAUUCAGGGAUUCAAUGAGUCUCAGAAGGAGGAAUAUUUCAAGAAGAGAAUCAGUAACCAGGACCAAGCCAGCAGAAUCAUCUCACACAUCAGAAGAGCAAGAAGCCUCCACAUCAUGUGCCACAUCCCCGUCUUCUGCUGGAUCUCAUCCACUGUGCUUCAGAAGCUCCUGGAAGAAGAUCUGAGUGCAGAAAUCCCUCAAACUCUGACUGAAAUGUACAUCCACUUCCUGCUGAUUCAGAUCAACAUGAAGAACCAGAAGUAUGAAGAGAGAGAUCCAGAGAAACUCCUGCAAUCCAACAGAGAAGUGAUUGUGAAACUUGCUGAAGUGGCUUUCAAACAGCUGAUGAAGGGCAAUGUGAUGUUCUAUGAGGAGGACCUGAUUGAAAGCAGUAUAGAUGUCACUGAUGCCUCUGUGUAUUCUGGGAUUUGCACUGAGAUCUUUAAGGAGGAAUCUGUGAUUCAUCAGAGGAAAGUCUAUAGCUUCAUUCAUCUGAGCAUUCAGGAGUUUCUCGCUGCUUUCCAUGUGUUUAAGUACCACAUUGGCAUCAGUACAGAAGCAUGUUUAGAUUCACUGCAUAAUCUGCAAAAAAGAGGAGUAGAAAAAGCCCUUGAGAGUGAGAGUGGACAUCUGGAUCUGUUCCUGCGGUUCCUGCUGGGCGUCUCACUGGAGUCCAAUCAGAGACUCUUACAGGAUCUACUGACGCACACAGAGAACAGCUCAGAGAGCAUCUGGAGAACCACACAGUACAUUAAAGAGAAGAUCAAAGAUGGUCAUGGACUCUCCACUGAAAGAUCCAUCAGUCUGUUCCUCUGUCUGCUGGAAGUGAAAGAUCAGACUUUGUCUAGAGAGAUUCAGGAGUUUGUGAAAUCAGACAAACAUUUAGAGAAGAAACUCUCUCCUUCUCACUGCUCAACAAUCUCCUACAUGCUUCAGAUAUCAGAGGAGGUGCUGGAUGUGCUGGACCCCAUGAAAUACAACACAUCAGAUGAGGGCAGAAGAAGACUGAUUCCAGCAGUGAUCAACUGCAGAAAAGCUCUUCUUGCUGGCUGUAAUCUAACUGCUCAAUGUUGUGAAGCUGUUUCAUCAGCUCUACAAGCCCCUAAAAUCUCUGCGAGAGCCCUGAGAGAGCUGGAUCUGAGUAACAAUGACCUGCAGGAUUCAGGAGUGAAACUGCUCUCGAAUGGACUGAAGAGUCUAAACUGUCAGCUGCAGAUACUGAGGUUGUCAGGCUGUAUGGUGACAGAGGAAGGCUGUGGUUAUCUGUCUUUAGCUCUGAGUUCAAACCCCUCACACCUGAGAGAGCUGGAUCUGAGCUACAAUCACCCAGGGCUGGCAGGAAACCAGCUGCUCAAACACAAACUGGAGGAUCCAGACUGUCAGCUGCAGAUACUCAAUUUGAAUCAUGGAGAACGUUCCAGGAUCAGACCAGGACUGCAAAAAUACGCCUGUGAUCUCACACUGGAUCCAAACACAGCAAACACUAAACUCAUCCUGUCUGAGGACAACAGGAAGGCGACGCUUGUGGAAGAUCAUCAGCUGUAUCCUGGUCAUGAAGAGCGAUUUGAGCACUACGAGCAGGUUCUGUGUGUUGAGAGGCUGACUGGACGCUGUUACUGGGAGGCUGAAUGGAGCGGCUGGGUUGACAUAGCAGUGACGUAUAAAGGCAUCAGCAGGAAAGGAAGAAGUGAUGACUGUGAUUAUGGACUUAAUAAUAAGUCCUGGAGUUUGAGUUGCAUUAAGGGCAGAUACACUGUCUGGUACGAUAAAAUCAGCAUUGAUAUUCCUGUGCCUCUACCACAAUCUAACAGAGUUGGUGUCUAUCUGGACUGGUCAGCUGGCUCUCUGUCCUUCUACAGCAUCUCUGACACACACACACUCACACACUUACACACAUUCAACACCACAUUCACUGAACCCCUCUAUGCUGGGAUUGGGGUUUUUUAUAAUAACUGCUCUGUAUGUCUGUGUCAGAUUUAGCAAUCUACAGGAGAGACCAACAAAGAUCACACACCACGUCUCUGUCUCACCUUACCUUAGAGUUUCAAGUUGUACACAAACACAUCCAUGAUAUACAUAAAUGUUUUUACUGAUCCAGUAAAGUCUAUAAAACUCAUAAAUGUAUAGUAAUCUGAAUGGAGACUGGUUACAAUGUCAGCUCUGGAGUAAUACGUUUAGAAGCUUGAAUUAUUUAAUUAUAUACUUAUAGACUAUAUAUAUAUUUAUUUAUAAAUUGUUGGAGUGUUUUUAAUUGAACAGAAAGACAGUGGAUAAUAAUAUUGUGAGAAACUCAUGUAUUAAUAUAUAAAAAGCAAUAUAAAAACAUUUAAAAAAAAAUGCUGAUUGUUUUGUCUGAUCUGUUACAUUCUGCAGUCAAUUUUUUUAUUUUUAUAAAUAGUUUCAUUAACACUAUAAUUGUAUCACUUUGAUCUUAAGAUCAAAUACAUUCUGUGAAAACUGAUUAAAGGACUGAUAAAGUGUUGAAUACACAUUGGUUUUACAGUGAAUCUGGUGAGAAAGAUUGAGUUUCUGGAAAACACUGUUGAACUGGAAAGCAGUUUAAGACACAUAAAUUAACAAAUUUUAAGCAAUAGAUUUGCUUGCAACAUAUAAUCAUUACUGUUAGUAGUGUUCACUGUCUAUUCUAAUACAUGACAUUAACUAACUGCUUGAUUUUACCAUACAUUU